AUGUUGUCAUCCUUUGGUAGCUGUUGUGUAGCAGAGCCUAAUAAUCAAUCUCAUUAUUCUUCAAGGUUUUACAGCAAAGCUGGAAAGGAACGAACGCCUGACAUUGUUGCACAGAGGAUGUCGACGAUUACCGUUCCGGCAGAGGUUCCUCCCGUCUCCGACGACGUUGAGCAGCUUCAUAAAGCUUUUGAAGGAUGGGGAACAAACGAGGGUUUGAUCAUCGAGAUUUUAGCUCACAGAAACGCAGACCAGCGUAAGCUUAUCCGCCAUACUUAUGCUGAAACUUACAAAGAAGAUCUCCUUAAAGCUCUUGAAAAGGAACUCACAAGCGACUUCGAGAGGAUUAUUCUUCUCUGGACACUCGAUCCACCUGAAAGAGAUGCAUUUUUGGCAAACGAAGCAACAAAGAAAGGAGCUAAAAGUAAUCAUGUUCUUGCUGAAAUAGCUUCCACAAGAUCCUCACAAGAUCUUCUUCUUGUAAAGAAAGCUUAUCAUCUUCGUUAUCAGAAAUCCAUGGAAGAAGAUGUUGCACAUACCACAACUGGGGAUUUCGGAAAGUUGUUGUGGCCUUUGGUGACGAGUUACAGAUAUGAAGGGGAUGAAGUGGACAUGUCGCUUGCAAAAACAGAAGCAAAAUUACUCCAUGAUAAAAUUACAGAGAAAUGUUAUAACGAUGAUGAUUUUAUAAGAAUUAUCACCACAAGAAGCAAACCACAAAUCAAUGCAACUUUGAAUCAUUACAAGAACGAGUUUGGACAAGAUAUUAACAAGGAUUUAAAAGCUGAUCCAAAAGACGAGUUUUUAGCAAUUUUAAGGGCAACAAUAAAGGGAUUAACGUAUCCUGUGAAAUACUUUGAGAAAAGGUUAAGGCUAGCAAUUGAGAAGACAGGGACUGAUGAAAGUGCACUCUCAAGAAUUGUGGCUACACGAGCUGAAUUUGACAUGAAAAUUAUUAAAGAAGAAUAUAAAAAGAGAAGCAGUGUUUCAUUAGAUGAAGCUAUUGCUAAAGAUACUAGAGGAGAUUACGAAGACAUGCUUCUAGCUCUUGUUGGUACUAGUGAAUCUUAA